AUGAUCACACCGGAGCAGGUGCGCAUCCAGUACUUGUCGUAUUUGGACGCAAUGUAUCUUCGCUUCCUCUCGGCACCGGAAUCACGCGCCCCACGUGCUCCACUCCCCGGACUACUCCUUGACGUGUAUCUCGUCCGCCAGGCCCGGCGUGCAGCUGAGAUGCUUGCAAAGGUGUUCAAUAAUAGACUUACUUUGCUGUGGGAUGCAACAACUCAUCCAUGUGCCGUCCCGGACGAUGAUGAAUUGGCCACGGUGCAAUACAAUGAUUGUGCAGAUCCGCUCACCAUCGAAGACAGUAAGGGCUGGAUGCUGUUGUGGCAUCUUCCCGGUGUGAUCAUAGAGCCCUUUGAGGGUGUAAUAUGGGAUGCGACGAUGGACCUCAACCCACUCUUGGCCCGGAACCGCCCGAAGGCUAGCGCGGGCUGGAGGGAAAAUAUUGCGAACUUCCGGCAGCCGCAGGAGGGGGACGAGCUCGUCCCGGCAUGUGUGUCGUUUUCACCGGGAUGGUUCCAGCUGGGACACGACGGCGCGGACAAUGUGCCAAGUGUCUCUCGGCUGCUCGCAGAUCCAAACACUGCCCUCGCUGGCCGGGCGUGGUUGGCCGAGAUGAUCUAUCUGCAUAUCAUCAUCUCCGGUAUGCUGCACAUUAUGCACCCGGAUUUAGAGCCCAUCUAG